AUGGAUUCGACUCAGGCUGCGAACAUCACUUCAUUCGCACCAGAAGGCGAGACCGCCUUCGAUCUGUGGAUCGAGAAGUCGUUCCUCGAUGGGUUCGCACUGGCUGGUGUUGGAUACGGUGUCCUCCUUGUGUUGACCUGGCAGACCAUGCACUCGUUCUCCAACUUUCCCAGGGGAAGUAGGCCGUGGGGACUGGUCGGGUACGCCGUAAUGAUGUUUGCACUGGCUACAAUCGGCUACGGCAGCGCAACGAAAAUCAAUGAGCGUUCUUUCGUCCAAGAUCGAAACGCACCGGGGGGACCCAGUGGAUUCGAAAUCAUCUCAUUCACAUCGCCCGUGAACAUGAUGGGUGUUGUCGCAUAUGUUAUUUUGAGUUGGCUUGCUGAUGGUCUUGUGUUGUGGCGCUUUUGGCUCGUCUGGGGAUGUAGUUACAUCUAUACGAUAUUCCCGGCAUUAAUGCUGCUGGGCUCGGUCAUUUCGUCCCUGGCGCUUAUCGUCACGAGCUUCCAGCUCGAGAACUCCUUCUGGGCUGCCCGCUCCGUCCAGUUCGGCACUGCAUACUGGUCACUCUCCAUUUCGCUCAACAUUUUGCUUACACUGCUUAUCGUGGGGCGGAUCCUCGUCCUACGCAAGCGUGUCAAGGGCACACUCGGGGCACAGCACGCCCAGCAGUACUUCUCCUCGGCGGCAAUGAUCAUCGAGUCAGCCUCGCUCUAUGCAGUGGUCGGUCUUAUAUUCAUCGUCACGUAUGCUCGCAGCAGUUCGGUGCAAAACCUGGUCUUUCCCAUCCUGGGCCAAGUUCAGGCAAUAGCGCCGAUGCUCAUCCUGUCGCGCGUUGCGCAAGGUCGGGCCUGGUCACAGAGCACGAUCCAGGCUACAACUGUGUUGAGCGUCAAUGCGAAUGGCGGAAGUGCGACCAACAUUGGACUGGGAAGUUUGCCCUCGCGGCAGCCUGGGGCGGGGGUUGACACCGUUACAGGGGCCCAAGUCUCCAACGAUAAACAGACCGAAUCGAUGCAUUCCCUCCCAUAUACGUCGCAAGUAUAA